GAGCUGAGCGAGCUGCAGUGAAGAGAUCAUAAUAAACAAACAUGGCCGCCAUCGCAGCACGAGGGUUCUGCCGGGUUAUCACAAAUCGGCCCUUUUUCGCCCGCGUUGCUGUCCACAGGUGCCGUUCCGAUGGGGCAAACGUUGGUCAAGAUCACGAGGCACCGACCGAUAAUAAAAAACUGAGUGGAUUCGCCAAAUCUUUCCAAAGACAGUUCAAAACCGAAGACGAGAAGAGUGUGCUCGAGCCAGAGCAAGUGGUCUCUUUCGCGAAUCUGCUGAGAAAUUCCAAAUUUGUUGAUCUCGGAGACCCAAAAGGCAAGGUAGUGGUUGGAAACAUUUACCACAUAGUUGGAGAUGAUCUGUACAUCGACUUUGGUUUCAAAUUCCCUUGUGUUUGCACUCGGCCAGCAAGAAAUGGAGAUGCCUUUGUCCGUGGCGCCAAAGUGAGGUUGCGUAUCAACGAACUGGAGCUGUCUUCAAGAUUUUUGGGAUCAAACAGGGACAUGACUCUUUUAGAAGCAGAUUGCACACUCCUCGGUUUAGUCUAUUCGCCAGCACAGUCAAGGGAUUCGGGUGCUACAGCGCCAAAAACCGUUCAGUAAUAUUUUGUAGGUACAUAAAUUAAAUAUAAAUAAAAUGUUUCUCAAAUGUAAAGGA